AAAGCUCCUGCAUGCGUAGCUGACACGCCACCUACUGCAAAACCCAGCUGCCGGCGCAGGCGGUGCUGCCAGCAUUUCAUUGCAUCGCCAGGCUGGGACGGGAUAAAGGCGUGCUUGUGUGGUAGUGUUUCCUUUUAAAAGGAAAAAAAAUCUCCAAGCCAAGAACAAGCUGAAAUAGCAUCCUGAAAAUGGAGCGUAAGAUAAUCAGAAGAGAAAAAGAAAGGGAGUACGAAGGGAGGCACAACAGCCUGGAAGAUGCUGAGCAAGGCAAGAACUGCAAAUCCACGCUGAUGACCCUCAACGUUGGUGGAUAUUUAUACAUUACUCAAAAGCAAACACUGACCAAGUACCCAGACACUUUCCUUGAAGGUAUUGUAAAUGGGAAAAUCCUCUGUCCAUUUGAUGCUGAAGGCCAUUACUUUAUAGACAGGGACGGGCUCCUCUUCAGGCAUGUCCUAAACUUCCUACGGAAUGGAGAACUUCUAUUGCCCGAAGGGUUUCGAGAAAAUCAACUUCUUGCUCAAGAAGCAGAAUUCUUCCAGCUCAAGGGGCUGGCGGAGGAAGUGAAAUCCAGGUGGGAAAAAGAACAGCUGACACCCCGAGAGACUACUUUCUUGGAAAUAACAGAUAAUCACGAUCGUUCACAAGGACUGAGAAUCUUCUGUAAUGCUCCUGAUUUCAUAUCAAAAAUAAAAUCUCGCAUUGUUCUGGUGUCCAAAAGCAGGCUGGAUGGGUUUCCAGAGGAGUUUUCUGUGUCUUCAAAUAUCAUUCAAUUUAAAUACUUCAUCAAGUCUGAGAAUGGCACUCGGCUCGUCCUAAAGGAAGACAACACCUUUGUCUGCACCUUGGAAACUCUUAAGUUUGAGGCCAUAAUGAUGGCUUUAAAGUGUGGUUUUAGACUGCUGACAAGCCUGGACUGUUCCAAAGGGUCAAUUGUUCACAGCGAUGCACUUCAUUUUAUCAAGUAAUUACCUGUCUCACGAACAAAGGCAACAAGCAUGCAGCCAGCAAGCUUCAGAAGCCACAGAAUCAAAGGCAUCCCAAACAACGUGCCCAGCUAGCUCAUCCCAGAGUCCGGCUGCUGAUCAAGUACUGUGAGCUAACGGUAUGUAAAUCUAUCACUAAAGAUGUCCUUCUCUGGGGUAUUCUGCCAUCACACUUCCACCUACAGUGAAGCUGUGGUCUUCUACACUGUAAAUAAAGACAAUGCUUUUGCUAAUCAUUAUUAUUAUUAUUUUGCUUAAGCUGUCUUUCAAUGAGAAUGUCUUGGGUACUUGCAUCUAUCACUCACUGUAGCAAAUGCUAACAAACAGUUCAAAAUCCUUUCUACUUAGAGCAAAAAUCUACAAAGAAGCCGAACUGGUAAAAUAAACAAGGAGAGCAAAAUAAAUGUACAGAGCUACCUAAAGCAGGGGCAACAGUGAAUCAAAACGGGAUUGCAAAACACAUUUGAGCUACUGAUUUGACUUUUUAAAUAGCAGGCAUCAAACGCUUUAUUACAGCUCCUGUAUUUCAUACAAGAAUUAUGGCUAAAUUGAUAUUUUGCUGAAAAUUCCUAAGACACUGCUUGAUGACAAUAAAAUAAAUAAAUAAAAGCACUGUUAGCUUCUUUGCUUGUAUUAAUGACUGUAAUAUAAGUUACAUGUGUCACUUUAAACACAAAUAGUGCCACUUGAUGAUUGUGCACAAUAUUCUGCAUUGAUGCAAUCAACUGUUGGGCUGUAGCACCUGGCUGGUCCUGCAAGGGGCAGAAAUGAACAACUGUACUUUCCGGCACACUGUGCUCCUGCACGGCAUGGGUAGCUUGGUCCCAGCUAGGUACAUGGCAUUAGAAUGGAAGAGCCCAUUUUUACAAUCACUCUAUGUGCUCAUUUUUCAAAAUAUUAAAUGAGCAUUAUUCAUCAAUACUCUUAAAAAAGAGCGCUACUGUUCCAUUAAAAAUCUAUUAUCUAAAAAAGUCUUUCAAAAAUUCAUACUAAAAACCAACAAAGUCAAUACCACCUACUCAAUUUCCAUGUUAUACUAAAAAUACUUGGUCCGAUGCUAAAUCUCAAAGUCACAGAGUUGUGUUGAUUUUUUCUAUUUCAUGCUAACAUUUACAGAAACUGUAAACCUUACUCUAUAAACGACUGUUUAAGGACUAAUCUCCCACUUAAACUCUAAAUGUGAGUGCACACUUUGUCCACUUACUCUGCAAAGAGCGCCUAAUCACUCCUAUGGUUUCUAAGAACAAAUUGUCUUAAAUUUAAAAUAAAUAAGCUGGAAGUGGUAAUUCAUGCUUGAAUACCAGUAGUUGAACCCCCUCCAGCUGAAGCAGGAGGAUUAACACAAGUCUGAGGCCACCUAGGGCCGUGAGGCUCUUUCUCAAAAAAGACACAGCAAGGGAAAAAAGGGGGGGGGGGUCAGGGAAGCAAUCAUUAAAACUACAACUAAAAUCCAACCUUAAUUAUAAUAAAACCAACAAAACUGUUGAUUAUCUCAGCUGAGUUUAAGUAGUUAAUCAUAUAUUACAAUAUUUUGAUUACAUAUAAAAUUUAGAAUAAUGCUCAUUAUUAUUAGUAACUACUAUUGACUUUCAUUUACAAGAUCUAAGGAAAUAUUAAGGCUGCUUGUACAGACUAAAAGAAAGCCUUUAAAAGGUACUGUACAAAGUCCUUCAACUUUCAGUGUCAACUACAUAAUUUUCUCUGAUGUUACAUCAGAAAAAAAAUGCUUUUCCUAAAGUAUCAAGUUUUCUUAGUGAACCAAAUAUAAACAGUUUAGUCAGGACUUAAAGGGACUACUAAAAAAGCGUACAAUUUGCCAGUGGCUGUUACUCAACAGUUUACAGACCUCCUUAGCUUAUAAGCUGACUUUUCCUUGGCAUCUGGAUGUGGUAAUGAAGAUUACUGGUAGUGAUUUAAUGUCAGUCAACUUUUUUCUCUAUCAAGAUUUCACUCCAGACAAUAAAGACACACUGACAUAAUCAGUUACAGGACAUGAAGCGAACAAAUCUUAGAGCUGCAAGGAAGGCUUUUCAUGACUUCUGUUAUGAACCAUCAAAGGAAUCAGGAUCAUGUUUAUGUGGCUCUUUAGAUGAAUAUUCACAUCUGAAUUUAAGUCCUCAAACUGUAAGGCAUCAUAGUAAUCUACAACAAUUAGUCUACAGAAAAACAUGACUACACUGGGGUUACCUUGUACCUCUUUAGAAAUGCAUCUUUGCAAAAUCAAAAUGAACUGUAUUUACAGAUUUAAGUGCCUAAAUGUUGUGCUGUGGGUAUACAGAAAAUAUCUAGUUUUAAAUUUUAUAGUCUUCUUAAAACAUUUACAAGGAUCUUCCACUUACGAUAUCUUAAAAACCUCGAUUUCCAAGAGCAAACCUUCCCCAACAAUUUUGUUUCAAUGAGUGUAUAAUUUCUUUCUCAUAAGCAAAUGUUAUAAAGAACUCAUCAGCAUCUCUUUAUCUUUUUAAAGAAAGGUGAUAAAGGCUAUUUACUACACUUUCCAGGACCUCAGCAUACAUUCCCCUGUAUCUACAACUGGCCCACUCAGUGAUUCUUGAAUCUAACUUUAAAAAUAUGAAAACAAAAAUGUACUUAUGGCUUUCUGCUGUAUUGUAAAAUGUGUCUGUGCAGCAUGAAGAA